GAGGGCGGAAGCUGUGUAUGGCCGGGACUGUGGCGCUGCCUGGGCGGGGAUGCUGUUCCUGUUGCUAGACGACAAGCACUAGCUCUCGUCACUUCCUUCGCCCGCGUCUGCCCACUCCCCAGGCCGGAACAAGGAGACCCGGAGCCCUGGUGAGCUCAAGAGUUGUCCGCCGAGGUCCAGCACUGCACCCAGCCCGGCGGCGGGAGUCGGGGCCACGCCACCUGCAGGGAAGAACCCGAGCGGAGGCGGGAAGAUGGCUGCAGACAAGCCUGCAGAUCAGGGAGCAGAGAAGCAUGAUGGGACAGGUCAGUCCUCCGGAAUCACUGACCAGGAGAAGGAGUUGUCCACUGGCGCUUUCCAAGCUUUCACAUCUGGAAAUUAUGAUGCCUGUCUGCAACACCUUGCCUGUCUACAAGAUAUAAACAAAGAUGAUUAUAAAAUAAUAUUGAAUACAGCAGUAGCUGAAUUUUUUAAAAGUAAUCAAACAACAACAGAUAAUUUGAGACAAACACUUAACCAGCUGAAGAAUCAGGUCCACUCUGCUGUUGAAGAGAUGGAUGGAUUAGAUGAUGUUGAAAACAGCAUGCUGUAUUAUAAUCAAGCAGUCAUUCUUUAUCAUCUGCGGCAAUAUACAGAGGCAAUAGCAGUUGGUGAAAAACUUUAUCAGUUCAUAGAACCUUUUGAAGAAAAAUUUGCCCAAGCAGUGUGUUUUUUGCUUGUAGACCUAUAUAUAUUAACCUACCAAGCUGAGAAAGCUUUGCAUCUUCUUGCCGUCCUAGAAAAAAUGAUUUCACAGGGUAACAAUAACAAAAAUGGAAAAAGUGAGACUGGCAAUAAUACCAACAAAGAUGGAGCUAAUCAUAAAGCUGAAAGUGGAGCUCUGAUUGAAGCUGCAAAGUCAAAGAUACAUCAGUACAAAGUAAGAGCAUACAUCCAAAUGAAGUCCCUGAAAGCAUGCAAAAGGGAAAUCAAGUCAGUCAUGAACACAGCUGGAAACUCUGCACCCUCCCUGUUUCUUAAAAGCAAUUUUGAGUACUUAAGGGGCAAUUACCGAAAAGCUGUGAAGCUAUUAAAUAGUUCAAACAUUGCUGAACAUCCAGGAUUCAUGAAAACAGGUGAAUGCCUGAGAUGCAUGUUCUGGAAUAAUCUUGGCUGUAUCCAUUUUGCCAUGAGCAAGCACAACUUGGGGAUUUUCUACUUUAAGAAAGCUCUGCAGGAGAAUGACAGUGUCUGUGCACAACUCAGUGCAGGUAGCAUUGAUCCAGGCAAAAAAUUUUCAGGAAGGCCCAUGUGUACAUUAUUAACCAACAAGAGGUACGAGUUGCUGUAUAACUGUGGAAUUCAGCUUCUUCACAUUGGAAGGCCUCUUGCUGCCUUCGAGUGUCUGAUUGAAGCUGUUCAGGUUUAUCAUGCAAAUCCCCGCCUUUGGCUUCGGCUGGCUGAAUGCUGCAUUGCUGCCAAUAAGGGGACAUCUGAACAAGAAACUAAAGGUCUUCCAAGCAAAAAGGGAAUUGUACAGUCCAUUGUUGGUCAAGGCUAUCAUCGUAAAAUAGUUCUGGCAUCACAGUCUAUACAGAACACUGUAUAUAAUGAUGGGCAGUCUUCAGCCAUUCCUGUAGCCAGUAUGGAGUUUGCAGCCAUUUGUCUCAGAAAUGCCCUGUUGCUAUUACCUGAAGAACAGCAAGAUCCAAAGCAGGAAAAUGGGUCUAAAAAUAGUAAUCAAUUAGGGGGGAACACAGAAAGCAGUGAAAGCAGUGAAACUUGCAGUAAAAGCCAUGAUGGAGAUAAGUUCAUUCCAGCUCCACCUUCUUCUCCAUUAAGAAAACAGGAAUUAGAAAACUUAAAGUGCUCCAUACUUGCCUGCAGUGCUUAUGUAGCUCUGGCUUUGGGUGAUAACCUUAUGGCUUUGAAUCAUGCAGAUAAACUUCUUCAACAGCCCAAGUUGUCAGGAUCUCUUAAGUUUUUGGGACAUUUAUAUGCUGCAGAAGCCCUCAUCUCUCUCGACAGAAUAUCUGAUGCUAUUACUCACUUGAACCCAGAGAAUGUCACUGAUGUCUCCUUAGGGAUCUCUUCAAAUGAGCAGGACCAAGGAUCAGACAAGGGUGAAAAUGAAGCAAUGGAAUCCUCUGGGAAGAGGGCCCCUCAAUGCUACCCCAGCUCCGUCAGCUCUGCCAGGACUGUGAUGCUGUUCAACCUUGGCAGUGCGUACUGCCUGCGGAGCGAGUAUGACAAAGCCCGGAAGUGUCUGCACCAGGCUGCUUCAAUGAUCCAUCCUAAGGAGGUACCGCCUGAGGCCAUCUUGCUGGCAGUCUACUUGGAACUGCAGAAUGGUAAUACCCAGCUGGCCUUACAGAUCAUCAAAAGGAACCAGCUUCUCCCCACAGUGAAAACCCACUCUGAAGUGAGGAAGAAACCAGUACUUCAGCCUGUCCACCCGAUCCAGCCCAUCCAGAUGCCAGCUUUUACCACUGUGCAAAGGAAGUGAUGUCCAACUGUUACCUGAGAACCCAGAGCAGUAUGUCCUGGCCCUUUUAGUUGUAUCGCAGCAAAGCGAAUAAAUAAAAGACUGAUGGUGAAGAGUGCUAAUUUUGAAGACACAGUUUUGACACUGUUCUUCCCUUGAUUUUUUUUUGCCAGAAGUUUACUUAAAAUUAAGGAUCCACAAACUUGUUUUCAACCAUUUUUCUUUAAGCUCUGUCAGACUAUUAAUUUUGAACUACUAUUUGAUGUAUUUGUGUCAUAGGUAAUUAAAACAACAUCUUACCAGGACAGUCUUGCAUGUUCUUGUAACUGUUGGAGUGUUGUACAAUUUGACAGCGAAGACAAUCAACAGUACUCAACUAGCCAGGCCAGAAACUAACCUUGGGGUGGAGGAAAGGGGAUAAAGUUGAUAUGUGUUAUGCAUACUAGAAGGACUAGAAGAUUCACAAUAACCUAUAGGGUAUAAUUGGGCUAAAAUGGGCCAACUGGUCUGUUAAAAGUCAUUUCCUAAACCAUUAUAGACAAAGAGGGGUUCACUGCACUGAGCUGGUUUAAGUUAUUAAGCCUGUAAUAUUAGAACUGGCCUUGCCCAGAUGUGGUGGUACAUGCCUGUAAUCCAAGUUACGUGGAAUGAGUAGGUGAUAGGAUUGAGGUCCAAGGACAGCUCUUGUCAAAAAUACGAGACCCCAUCUAAAAAAAAAAACUAGGAC